GAAUAUUGCAUUCUUAUAGGACUGUUUGUCAGUUUGUUUAGUUCAUUAGUACUUUGUGAUUUCUAAUGAGAUAUGAUACAAAAGCCACUGAGGUAAGUCAAAAUGUUUAAGAUCGUGUGGAGUCUCCUAUUGACUUUUUCUGGAAGUCAAGCCUCAAAACCCUUGGCUCAGAGAAAUACUGAAUUUGCAGUGGAUCUUUAUCAAGCUAUUUGUUCAUCUCAGAAGGACAACAUUGUAUUUUCCCCACUUGGAACAACUUUGAUUCUUGGAAUGGUACAACUGGGAGCAAAAGGAAAAGCAUACCAGCAGAUAAGACAAACUUUAAAAGUUCAGGAAAACUCAACUGGAGAAGAAUUUUCUGCACUGAAGUCAUUUUUCUCUGCCAUCUCAAAGAAAAAACAAGAAUUUACAUUUAAUCUUGCCAAUGCCCUCUACCUUCAAGAAGGAUUCACUGUGAAAGAACAAUAUCUCCAUGGCAACGAGAAAUUUUUUCAGAGUGCCAUAAAACUGGUGGACUUUCAGAAUGCAAAGGCUUGUGCAGAGACAAUAAGUGCCUGGGUAGAAAGCAAAACAGAUGGAAAAAUUAAAGGCAUGUUUUCAGGGGAAGAAUUUGGCCCUCUGACUCGGCUUAUCCUGGUGAACGCUAUUUAUUUCAAGGGGGAUUGGAAACAAAAAUUCAGAAAAGAGGGCACAGAACUGAUGAAUUUCACUAAGAAGGAUGGUGCAACAGUCAAAAUUCCAAUGAUGAAGGCUCUUUUGAGAACCAAACAUGGUUAUUUUUCGGAAUCCUCCAUGAAGUACCAGGUUUUGGAAUUACCUUAUAAAGAUGAUGAGUUCAGUUUAAUCAUUAUACUUCCUGCAGAAGAGGUGAGCAUAGAAGACAUGGAAAAACAAAUUACUGCCGAUCUAAUCUUGAAAUGGUUCUCUGAGAUGCAAGAAGAGGAAGUGGAAAUAAGCCUCCCUAGAUUUAAAGUAGAACAAAAAUUGGACUUCAAAGAAGCUUUGUAUUCUUUGAACAUAACAGAAAUAUUUAGUGGUGGCUGUGACCUUUCUGGAAUAACAGAUUCAUCUGAACUGUAUGUUUCUCAAGUCGUGCAGCAAGUUUUCUUGGAGAUAAAUGAAGAUGGCAGUGAAGCCGCAGCAUCUACCGGAGUACAAAUCCCUGUGAUCAUGAGCCUGGCUCCAAACCAAUUUGUAGCAAAUCAUCCGUUUCUGUUUAUUAUGAAGAAUAUCCCAACAGGUUCCUUUUUGUUUAUGGGACGAGUGACAAAUCCUGACACUCAAAAUGUGAAGGGAAGGGAUUUAGAUUCGCUGUGA